AUGGCGCAUGAAAGGACGUUGAAAGAGUUGGCAGCGCCAAAUCUAGACCAUCAACCUCUCUGUGUUCAAUAUCCUGCGUUGGAUGUUAACUUUGAACUCAAUUCGAGCCUCAUACAUUUACUACCAUCUCUCCAUGGGCUACCAGGAGAGGACCCGAAUAAGCAUCUGACAAAAUUUCACAUAGUCUGCUCUAGCAUGAAACCAACUUUAGUAACGGAAGAGCAAAUUAAAUUAAGAGCAUUUCCAUUUUCUUUGAAGGAUGGUGCAAAGGAAUGGCUCUAUUACCUUCCUCCUGGAACUGUUAAUACCUGGAAUGAAAUGAAGACAUUGUUCUUGGAGCGUUACUUCCCAGCAUCUAAGGUUGGUAGUAUAAGGAAGGAAAUCUAUGGCAUUCGCCAACAGACUGGGGAGUCAUUAUAUGAGUAUUGGGAGAUAUUUAAGAGGCUAUGUGCUAGCUGCCCUCUGAUCCAAUACUUUUAUGAAGGACUAUUUCCAUUGGACAGGAGCAUGAUUGAUGCAGCAAGUGGGGGAGCACUGGUGGAUAAGACUCCUGCUGCAGCUAGGAGCUUAAUUUCUAAUUCGGCAGCUAAUUCUCAACAAUUUAGAGUUCGUCAAGAAGUUUAUGUUAAGGGAUUAAAUGAGACAAACUCUAAAGUAGAACAGCAGCUGUCGCAAUUAACUAGUAUGGUUCAACAGAUGGCUUUAGGUCAGCAAGUGAGACCUUGUGGCAUAUGUCAGUUGGUGGGGCAUCCUACUUAUGCAUAUCCCACAAAUCAAGAGGAUACCAAUGAGCAUGUAAAUGCAAUGGGGGGAUUCCCAGGGCAACCUAGGAAAAGUUAUGACCCUUAUGCUAUAAGUUAUAAUGAAGGAUGGAAGGAACAUCCUAAUCUUUUAUAUGGGAAUCAACAACAAACUGUUCCUACUAGAUCACCAGGGUUUCCUUAUCAACAAAGGCAACAACAAACCUAUACACCUCAGCCUCAACAACCUAUUACCUCACAAGCUCAAGAACCAUCAAUGGCAGAUAUGCUAAAAUAG